CUUACAGGCCAAUCAGGUUGUCGUAAUCCUGUAUUGGAAACGCGGAUUUGUCCGGAGCGUAUUUCGGAAGUAGUGAACAUUAAUUUGCAGUUACUUUUCAAGUGAAAUAAAAAGAAGUCUUUCAGAACGACAUGUCGGAGCGAAAAGUUUUAAAUAAAUACUAUCCACCAGACUUUGAUCCUUCCAAGAUCCCAAAGCUCAAGCUCCCAAAAGAUCGUCAGUAUGUUGUUCGACUGAUGGCUCCAUUCAAUAUGAGAUGCAAGACCUGUGGGGAGUAUAUCUACAAAGGGAAGAAAUUUAAUGCCCGCAAAGAGACUGUUCAGAAUGAAGUUUACCUUGGACUUCCCAUCUUUCGGUUCUACAUAAAGUGUACUCGUUGUCUGGCUGAAAUCACCUUUAAAACUGACCCAGAAAAUACCGACUAUGCCAUAGAGCAUGGGGCAACUCGUAACUUUCAGGCUGAGAAACUGAUUGAAGAAGAAGAGAAGAGGGUUCAGAAAGAGCGAGAGGAGGAGGAACUGAAUAAUCCCAUGAAGGUUUUAGAAAACAGAACAAAGGAUUCUAAGCUGGAAAUGGAAGUUCUGGAAAAUCUUCAGGAACUGAAAGAUUUAAACCAGCGCCAAGCCAAUGUGGAUUUUGAAGCAAUGCUGAAGCUGCACAAAGAAUAUGAACAGGAACUGAAACGCAGACAAGAAGAGGAGGAUGAGAAGGAAAUGAAAGCCAUGUUGGAUCAGGCAAAUCACAGCAGAAGGAUUGUAGAUUCUGAGUCUGACGAGGAGGAGACUAAACCACAUCCAAGAGCAGUUGUUAAGUCAAGGCCUACAGAUAUCCUGGACGAGGUAUCUGAGGUUCAGAUAAAGAAGCCAAAGAUGGAGAGCUGGGAGAAGAGUGUUGGUAAACUAAGCACCAAGUCGCAACUGACUGGCCUUGUGGUGAUGAAGAAGUGUCCAGAAAAGCAACAAAGUGGCAGUGAAGCACAGAAUAAUGGUACUAGCAGUCAGAACAUGGAUGUUUUCAGAAGUAACUCGGCAGGCUCCAAAGCACAGCCCGUGUUGAUGCCAUCAUCCAGUGUAGCUUCAUCACUCAGCCAGCUGGGAGCUUAUUCAGACAGCGAGAGCAGCAGCAGUGACUGAACUCUUUCUGGUGUUUCUAGGAUGUUGUACUGGAGCAUCAAGCUGCCAUACUUAUGUUCAGACUUUUCACUCUGCAUUUAGAGCAACAGCACAAGUCUUUGUACAGGGUCAUGAGAAGACCAUCUUCAGAGAAAAUGUCGUAAUUUGUCUGGUUUUCUAUGUUAAUAAGUUAAGCAUCUGUUAAAAACAGGUGAAGUUAUUAAAGACUGCAUGUUCCACGGCAGCAGACAGCUUUGUACUGGAACUUCUAGAGAACACAGGAGCUUUACAGUCAUUAAAACUACAUGCGGCAGCUACAGAGAUUUGGAGAUAUGAGGCUCUUUAUAGUCAACAUACACAAUGUUUUGCAGUAAUUUUGUUGUAGAGCUCUGUCUUUCAUUACACCAAAAAGUAUUUAUUUGUUUCAUGGGAAAAGGAAGUAAAAAUGUAUGUGAAGCCUUAAAAUCUGUACUGUACCACCUGUGUUUUCCUAUGGCUCCCUGCCCUUAUUAAUGCUUGUUGCAUUCCACCACUGGGCAAGGUCAUCUGUUAUAAUAAAUCACUGCAGUGCUGGAUGGAAUAAGUCAAACUUCACUCACCAACCAUACUUUCUUAGCCUUUGCCCCCAAAGUGUGGGUAUCCCUCUCAUCUGACCUCAAAGUCUUGUCUUCCUGUCCUACACUCUGUAGGCAGUUUAAAUUUUAUUUUCAAAACAAAUCUUUCUGCGGGUAGUUUACACCAGGCCGUAGCACAUAACCUCUCCCACCCAAUCAAAUGCUGCUUAUGCUUUGACUUUUUCUACUGUUGUAUUCCCCUUGCUUAUAUUUCUUAUACCUUAUGAUCUUGUUCUGAUGCUGCUGUUCUAACUAUUCAUCAGAACCUGUUUUCUUGUUUAGUUUACUAUUUUUUCAGACUGUAUUUACUAUUUGUAUUUAUCUGUGGGUGUAUUCUCCCUGGAUGUACGUGCAGUUGGCCAUUGGUGGUCAGUAUACUACACUGGGAAAUAAAUAUAAGUAAAUAAAU